UCGGUGAUAGAUGGUUAGCUCCUCGGGAUGAUCAUGCGAAGGAGUGUUAGGAGCAUCAUAUAUAUUUGAUGAUGUGGCUUCAUUAAGAUCAACCUGACAAAAUGGCCACGGAUAAACAAAAUGAAUGCUCAUGUUCCUUCCAUAUCAGAAUCCUCUACUUUGCUUUUUCAAUUCUCUGUUUUCUCACAAUUUCGAUGUUUGUGCUAACAUUCUGCUACGUAACGCAAUUGCGAGAAACCAGGCUCUGUCUCCCCGAAGCUUCAGGGGAACCCUACGUUCGAGGAACCGCUACCAUUUCUCAAAGCGAUCGCUCGCAACGUGAGUUUGCUGGAAUGGGAGGACACCCAAAUGCUAACACUUUAAAUGAAAAUUUUCAUCAAAUUUUCGAAGAUGGAAAUGAUUUGGAAGCUGAGAAAGGCAGAAAGCAUGGUGCGGAAAAAGGAGAAAAUGGGAUUUACAGUGAGAAAACUAGGAACUUGAGCGCAAUCAGAGAGGAAGAUGGGGAUAUUUCUCGGCGAGCUAGAAGGAAUGUGAAUGGAGCGGAUGGUAGAAGGCUUCAAGUAUUAGCAACAGUGCCCAUAUCUAUUCCCCUUUCUUCAAUAGCAAACGUAUGCAACUGGACAAACGGAGAAUGCCCAACAGGUCCAAAAGGAAACCCUGGUCCUGUAGGAUUGACUGGUCAAAUCGGUCAGAGGGGUCUUCCUGGACCAAGAGGAGAGCCGGGUGUUCGAGGGAAGCGAGGAGAUCGAGGACCCAAGGGCCAAGCGGGAGAAAAUGGAGAUCGAGGGGCUCGUGGUGAAAAAGGAGACAUGGGUUUAUCUGGACCACAAGGACCUCCUGGUAUUCAAGGGACUCAGAUUGACAACUGUUCAUGCCUGGGCACUCGUAGAUCGACAGCUGAUACUCACGGUGUUGAAAGUAUUCCCCUUCAAGAGCUGGAAAACAAGAUGCGCAGAAUUCUUCUCCAGUCAUCGAUCUCUGGGGUUGUCACGAUCGCCAAUGAUACUUCAGAUACAGCAGAACUCACCAUUAGCAGUUUUAAAUCCGUUAAGCGCAGCUCUUCCACGCCCCUGGCAACGUCAUCUGGCGAGUCGACAGGUGUGCAGAAUGACGUCACUGAUGACGCGUAUGCUGCCCAAGAUUCCGAGGUUGAUCUUGGAAGUGAUAACCAUGAUGCUCGCCAACCACAGGCUCUUGAUCAGGACAGGACGUUGAAGCAAUCGGAAAAUACUCGCCUACGAGCUGGAAAUGAUCGCAUUGCCGAAGGCACUAUUACGGACACUGCAGCGACAAAAACAGACGUGCCAACAUUGUUACCAGCGCAUGCACUGAGUACAGAAAGCAGGACUAUGGUCUUGAACGCACAGGAGACCUCAGAGGGAAGUGGUCCGCCCUUUUCAGAUAAUGAAGCAGAAGAAUCAGCGUUCCUCACUGGCCGUAAUGGGGCGAACAACAUAAACCUUGUUGACGACCAGGAAGGGAUGGUCACCGAACCUUCAAAGAUGACAUCCGAUCCUAACCUGCAGCAGAUGACAACGCAGGGAAGCACCGCUGAGGGAGAAGUGACAAGGAUGGGGAUAGAUGAACAGAAAUUAAUGAAUAUAUCAGCUCUUCUCCAGCGCCUCAACGAGCUCACAGCUAACAAGACGUCUCUCUUGAACUUUGUGCAGAUGUCUAUCGCAAAAACGGUUACCUGUGGGUGCCCCGGACCACCAGGCCCCGUGGGUCCCCAGGGAGAGGUUGGGCCAAAAGGGGAUAGGGGUUUGGUCGGCCUUACAGGAUCUACCGGGGAUAAGGGCGAGCGUGGGUCUCUGAUAGACGGUGAAGGACACAUAUUGCAUGGUCCACCCGGACCUAAAGGAGACCAAGGCAUUUCUGGUUCAAGAGGUCCUAAGGGGGAUCCAGGGCUUGACGGUGUUGAUGGGAUAAUGGGUCUACCUGGGUUCAAAGGAGAAGCUGGUCCUCGUGGUAUUCUGGGUGAAGUGGGGGAUCCUGGACCGAUGGGAAUGAAGGGUUCCAAAGGGGAUAUGGGUCCGAUGGGAACCAGGGGCCAGAUGGGUUACGAUGGUCAGAAGGGUCGCAAGGGAGAAACGGGUAUCAUGGGACACAGAGGUGUUCCUGGAUCAACAGGACCGUUUGGACCGAAAGGAAUCAAAGGAGACCAGGGCAAGAGAGGCGAGGUAGGCUACCCCGGUCUUACGGGUUCAUCUGGUCCGCCAGGAGUGCCCGGAACACCAGGCCGUGACGGAAUGAAAGGGCAAAAAGGAGAAAGGCGUAUUUAUGUGCUCCCAGGUGGUAGUGUGCCGCCUACAGAAUAUUCUUCUCUCAUCCCAUCGGACUCGAACCCAACAACCAAGCCAGCUAACAUCGAACCUGAAAAGAUGUUCAAAAUCUACGAACCAAUCGUGAAAUCACAGUGCCGUUUGACGAAUAUUUCUUCUCCACGUGAGAUACACGCUAUGUCAAGAUCAUACGGAGCCUGGAUGAAAGACACCUCUAUAAAUAGCAGACAUCCUGAUAUGAUAUGGGUUACUAUGCAUCACCGUGGUGCAAUACUCAUAGAGUACAAGAAUCUUGAUGAAAUGAAAAGGCGUCGCCUCUCAGCAACCUUCGCAUUGCCUUUCCAGUGGGAUGGUGCUGGUCACGUUGUAUACAAUGGAUCGUUCUACUAUCAUCAUCUGAACAAAGAUUAUAUCAUUCGAUAUGACUUGACUACAGGAUCCAUUAUUGAGCGCGCACAUGUUCCAUCUCUAGGUUAUGCCAGCGACGACUUGUUCCAACUAUCAUCCGGAUACACCAACGUCGAUUUCGCCGUGGAUGAAAACGGUCUGUGGAUCAUAUACCCAGUCACUCGCCCUGGAUCGGUCGGAAAACUCACCGUAUCCAAACUCGACCCUGAAUCACUGGAAAUCAUCACAACUAUCACGACGGAUCAUAACUUCGAGUCAACGGCCAAUGCGUUCAUUGUCUGUGGAGUCUUGUACACGACCAAAGGACCGCAUAGCCGACCAUCGAGGGUCGAUUUUGCUUUUGACUUGUUUAGAGAGGUUGUAUUGGAGGAUAUAAGUAUGAAUAUUCAAAACAGACAUCGUAAAACUGUGAUGCUUUCAUAUAAUCCUCGAGAUAGACUCCUCUAUGGAUGGGAUAAAGGAAAACUUCUUACAUAUGAUGUCGCCAUCAAGGAAUAUACAGACGAUUAAAAAAAACAUUUUGUUCGGCAUUGUGAAUAUGUAAGUAGUUCAAAUAAAGAUAAUGUAGUAAAAGUAAUACGAAAUACCGUUUCUCAGCACUUUGCAGAUAUGACUACGCCGGUCAUCUGAUUCAAUCACACACAAUCACCAUCUCCACUCACUGGGGAGAAUUCCUACCAUAUGGCCACAGUGAGGGUAUAUGGCCAUUACUAACAAAAAGGCUUUUGUCGAUUAUCCUAUAGGUCCCAAUUCCUCUCCUGGGUAUGGAUUAGCACAUGCAGAUUAAUGCCAUGCCAAAGGACUAAUGUGCCAUAUCGGGUAUUGAACCCACGACCAUUCCAUUUCGAGUCAAGUGCUUAAACCACUCGACUACAACACCUCUACAAAUAUCUCUUGUAACUUUUUCCUAGAAAUGAUACAAAUAUUGAAUAACUAAGUUAAGAUUUAACUUAAAACUGCAAUUAAAGAACAUGAUCAUAGUCCUUUAAAUUGAACAUUUUGGUAGAUUUAUGCAUUUAUUAACAUCCGUAUUCAAAGAAUAAAUGUUGUAAUGUACAAUUAUCUUGUGUUUUGUGUACACUUCUUUGGCAGAAAGGGAGUACAUGUAUAUUCAAGUGAUAAUAAUAAUAAUAAAAACAA